UUCAAAAGCCUGAAAUCCCUCCCAGCCUCUAACAACUUUUUUUCACAUAAACUCAACAACCAUGAAGAACUCAUCAUGCCUCGCAAUCCACCAUUUCAUCACCCAAAAAUACUUCAGGGAAAAUAAUUAGCUUAACAAAAUGAUGGCUUCCAGAAUAGGAAUCCUCAUAUUAGCAUUCCUUUCCUAUGCAAUGCUGGCAUCCGGAUACUUCCUUCAUGUCUCAGGGCUUUCCGGGCUGGGCCUUGCCAUCAGUCAUCCUCCUACCGAUGAUCAUCAGGAUUUCGACGCUCCGGAGCAGCACAACGAGCGACUAUUGCAGCAAGUCAUGCCCGGUUUACAUGAAGAUGAACAAGAUUUCAAAAUUCCGGAGCAUGAGAGGGACCAUGGUAUAGGAGAUGAUUCUGCUGAUUCAUUGAAGCCUGAUGCCAACAAGCGACUGUUGCAGCAGGUCGUGCCUGAAACCGGGCUUGUACCUGAAGAUGAACGAGAUUUCAAAAUUCCGGAGCUUGAGAGGGACCAUGGUAUAGGAGAUGAUUCUGCUGAUUCAUUGAAGCCUGAUGCCAAAGAGCGACUGUUGCAGCAGGUUGUGCCUGAAACCGGGCUUGUACCUGAAGAUGAACGAGAUUUCAAAAUUCCGGAGCAUGAGAGGGACCAUGGUAUAGGAGAUGAUUCUGCUGAUUCAUUGAAGCCUGAUGCCAACGAGCGACUGUUGCAGCAGGUCGUGCCUGAAACCGGGCUUGUACCUGAAGAUGAACGAGAUUUCAAAAUUCCAGAGCUUGAGAGGGACCAUGGUAUAGGAGAUGAUUCUGCUGAUUCAUUGAAGCCUGAUGCCAACGAGCGACUGUUGCAGCAGGUCGUGCCUGAAACCGGGCUUGUAGAGCCCGGUUUACCUGUGCAGGAUCCCAACUCCAAACCUGAGCAACAGGCGGAUUCCGGACUUGUGCAAGAACCCAAGCCCACGAACGAGCCUGUGGAAGAACCCGCGAAUAUGCCCAAGCAAGAACCCGAGAACAGGCCAGUGGAAGAGCCCGCGAAUAUACCCAAGCAAGAGCUUCAGAAUCAGCCCGUGCAAGAGCCAGUAAACAAGCCCAUGGAAGGACCCGGAAAGGGCGGGCUGAGGGAAAUGUUUUACGAGCAGAGUUGUCCCGAUGUUGAGAAGAUUGUGAAUGCGACCAUUCACAAACAUUUUCUAAAGGAUCCAACGUAUGCUGCAGGCUUUGUUCGCCUCUUUUUCCAUGACUGUUUCGUCACGGGGUGCGAUGCUUCAAUCCUCCUCGACACGACGCCUACGCACGAGCAGGUGGAGAAGAAGGCAAAGCACAACGGGCCGCUCGUGCGCGGCUACGAAGUCGUCGACGACAUAAAGGCCGAGCUCGAGAAGGCGUGCCCCGGAGUGGUCUCCUGUGCGGACAUCCUUGCGUUCGCCACCCGCGACUCCCUCGUCUCCUCGGGUGUGCCCGCCUUCAACAUCGCAGCCGGGCGCCGCGACGCACGUGCCUCCCUCGCUGUGAACGUCGAGGGCAACCUUCCACUCCCGGAUGCCACGGCCGAGGACAACAUCCGCCUCUUCGAGAAGAAGGGGAUGACGCUGGAGGAUCUAAUCCUCCUCGUCGGCGCACACUCCAUCGGGACCGCCCACUGUAGCAUCGUCGCCGGGAGGUUUCGCGACAAGGAGAAGGAGAAAAAUAUCGACAAAGGAUACUGGAUCAAGAUGCAGACGAUGACGGUCUGCAUGAGCGAGAUCCAGGAUGUGCCGUUCGAUCCAUACUCGCACCACAAGAUGGACUCCCGCUUCUACAAGGAGCUUCUGACCAACAGGGCGUUGAUCGAGUCAGAUCACAACCUGGCAAGGGAUCCACGGGGGAACAGCAUGAUGAAGAAGUUCGUAGACGAUCAGGCUGGUUGGAUCGCAAAGUUCACCAACUCGAUGAAGAAGCUCGGGGAGACGGAGGUGCUCGUGGGAGAUCAAGGAGAGGUCAGGAAGCAGUGCAGGGCUGUUAACUAGAAAAGGGAUCGGUUUUGCAUCUUUUUUUCCUAAGUAGGAUUCCAGAUUUCUCUCCCCUUAAGCGUAAUGCAUUAAAGAUCCAUAAAAAUGCUAAAGAUAAGGAGUUUAUAUUGAAGUAGUGUAAAGAUUGAAAACAUGAUAAAUUCUAUUCCUUACAAACCUUAUUUGCAUAUUUGUGUUGGCUUUGACAAA